AUGCCACUCUUCUUCCGGAAGCGGAAACCCAGUGAGGAGGCUCGGAAACGCCUGGAGUACCAGAUGUGUCUGGCAAAAGAAGCUGGAGCAGAUGACAUUCUUGAUAUCUCUAAAUGUGAGCUCUCCGAGAUUCCAUUUGGGGCUUUUGCAACAUGCAAAGUUCUGCAGAAGAAGGUGUUGAUCGUCCACACGAAUCUGCUCACCUCCCUGCUCCCUAAAUCCUGCAGCCUCCUGAGCCUCACCACCAUCAAGGUUCUGGAUCUUCAUGAUAACCAGCUGACAGCUCUUCCUGAAGACACAGGGCAGCUGACGGCCCUGCAGGUCUUGAACGUGGAAAGGAAUCAACUGACCUAUCUCCCACGUUCCAUUGGGAACCUGAUCCAGCUCCAGACCCUCAAUGUGAAAGACAACAGGCUGAAGGAGCUGCCGGACACGCUGGGAGAGCUCCGGAGCCUGCGCACUCUGGACAUCAGUGAGAAUGAGAUUCAGAGGCUGCCCCGGAUGCUGGCGCACGUCCGAACCCUGGAGACCCUGAGCCUCGACGUGUUGUCCAUGGUCUACCCCCCGCAGGAGGUGUGCAGCACGGGCACUGAGGCCAUUCAGCAGUUCCUCUGCAAAGAGUCAGGGCUGGAGUACUACCCCCCAUCUCAGUACCUGCUGCCAGUCCUGGAGCAGGAUGGAGCUGAGAACUCCCUGGACAGCCCCGACGGGCCCACGGACAGGCUCUGCAGGGAGGAGGAGGAGUGGCAGAAUAGGUUCUCAGACUAUGAGAAGAGGAAGGAACAGAAGAUGCUGGAGAAACUCGAGUUUGAACGGCGCCUGGAGCUCGGGCAGCGAGAGCACGCCCAGCUCCUCCAGCAGAGCAACAGCCAGAAGGAUGAGAUCCUUCAGACGGUCAAAGAGGAGCAGUCCCGGCUGGAGCAGGGCCUGAGUGAGCACCAGCGCUUCCUGGACGCAGAGCGUCGGCGGCUGCAGGAGCAACUGAAGCAGACAGAGCAGAGCAUUUCCAGCCGGAUCCAGAAGCUCCUGCAGGAGAACCAGAGGCAAAAGAAAAGUUCCGAGAUUCUGAAGUCUCUGGAAAACGAAAGAAUAAGAAUGGAGCGGUUGAUGUCCAUAACGCAGGAGGAGGCGGAGAGCCUGCGGCGCCGUGAGAUAGCCUCCGCCAUGCAGCAGAUGCUAACCGAAAGCUGUAAGAGCCGGCUCGUCCAGAUGGCCUAUGAGUCUCAGAGGCAGAACUUGGUCCAGCAGGCCUGCUCCAGCAUGGCUGACAUGGAAGAGCGGUUCCAGCAGAUUCUUUCGUGGCAACAGAUGGAUCAGAACAAAGCCAUCAGCCAGAUCCUGCAGGAGAGCGCGAUGCAGAAGGCAGCCUUCGAGGCUCUCCAGGUGAAGAAGGACCUGAUGCAUCGGCAGAUCCGAAAGCAGAUUAAGUUAAUAGAAACUGAGUUAUUGCAGCUGACACAGCUGGAGUUAAAGAGGAAAUCCCUGGACACAGAGGCACUGCAGGAGAUGAUCUCGGAGCAACGCUGGGCCCUGAGCUCGCUGCUCCAACAGCUGCUCAAGGAGAAGACGCAGCGAGAAGAGGAGCUCCGGGAGAUCCUGACAGAGUUAGAAGCCCAAAGCGAAACCAAGCAGGAGAAUUACUGGCUGAUUCAGUAUCAGCGGCUUUUGAACCAGAAACCCUUAUCCUUGAAGCUGCAGGAAGAAGGCCUGGAGCGCCCGCUGGUGGCCCUCCUGGUGGAGCUGUCGGCCGAGCACUACCUGCCCAUCUUCGCCCACCACCGCCUCUCACUGGCCAUGCUGAGCCAAAUGGGCCCUGCGGACCUGGCCAAGGUGGGCGUCUCGGAGGCUGGCCUGCAGCACGAUAUCCUGCGCAGAGCCCGGGAGCUGCUGGAUGCGGCCAGGACCCAGCCAGAGCUGCUGAGGCCUCCCGAGGGCAGGAUCUUGCCCACAGCCCCCGAGGAGCUGCCCGAGGCAGUGAGACCCUCGGCUCCCCCAGCAGAGCUGCUGCAGGUGCAGACCUCAGAGUGUGUGGUGUGCCUGGAACGGGAGGCCCAGAUGAUCUUCCUCAACUGCGGCCACGUCUGCUGCUGCCAGCAGUGCUGCCAGCCCCUGCGCAUCUGCCCGCUGUGCCGCCAGGACAUCGCCCAGCGCCUCCGCAUCUACCACAGCAGCUGA